UAUGCAGCGCCUAGUUGCCCAAGAGCCUGACUUGGCCCCAGCCGGCCACAAACUCUCUCUCUUUCUCUCUCUCUCUCUCCUUCUCCCUGCCUCUCUCUCUCUCUCUCACUCUCUCGGCCUGGUGUUAUUUAUAUACAGGCCGCGUGUGCUGUGAAGUUCCCCGGACUGCUGUGCAAGUAGUGUCCUAGUGCGUGUUCACCAGGUGUGAGGGGCACAGACCCCACAACAUGACUGUGUGACAUCAAAUACGCAGUGAAUCAGGCGUGUCCAGCCUCCUGGUAGUCGGGAUCGUAACGAACCAUUCGGGUGCCUGAAAAAAAAUGUAAAAAAUCCCGGAAUUAGUGUUGCUUGCGGUGUUUAAAGUGGAACAUUGGAGCAAAACGUUACAAAUUUAGCAGCGUGUGUGGCUGGAGCAAGAGGAGCCCUGAGCAAGGCCGCGCACCACCGGGGAGCUGAGGGCUACCUAUACUGCGUCUCUCACAGUGUACCUCCCUCCUGAGGUCCUCCAGUAGGAAAUCACCUUUUACUGCCUGUGCAAGUGAGUUAUUUUUAUUAAUGGAUAUAGAGCAAAUGUAAUUGAAAUAUUCAGUGCGUUGGCUAAGUUGAAACGCGGCAGCAGGCAGUAUAAGACACGAGUGUCGGUCAUUCAUAGGGAGCAUAAAUGCCAUCAAAAGUUUACUGCCUUACUCGACUGCGUUCACAACACGCGGAGUGCACCUGAAAGUUAUAAACAAAACUGGACUGGUCCGGCUAAUUAUAGAAAACGAGAGUGGGUGUAGAAGAUGAGGGAAGAUGGAGUGGAGGCGCGGGAGGCAGGCGGAGGACACCAACACUUCCGGGAGAUUCUGGCGGCCUUCGUCGAGGACUUCUCCAAGAGGCAGGCAGCAGGCGAGAUCAAGAUCCGCCAGAUAGAGAGGAAGCUCAACGACACCACAGGUGACCUCGGCCUCCUGCGGCGGAUCCUACACGAAUACGAAACGAAAAUCAACGAAGACAAUGAGCUCAUCCUAAGACUGCAGCGUGAGAUCGAAGCCCUGCAAGGUCGGGUAAGGCACAUUGACGAGAGGAACAGCCAGACAUCGGCCCUCAGCAGCAGGUUGGAGGUGCGGCUGGAGAACCUGAAGGAGUGCCUCAGUCAUACCUGUAACGACACCCAGCAGAGCGUGAGCAACCUGUUGGCCAAUUUUACCAAAAUCCACUUAUCUGGAGGCCAUACUGGACCGACCAAAGGCUCCGACACGGAAGAGAGCGAAGCAACCGUUGUGACUCCCGGCGCCGCUACCCCGGUUAUGUACUUCGCAUCUUCGACUGGAAACAGUUUGGAGGAGAGGAACACUGGUAAGGUAGAGGGCGCCGCGAACUCUGAACCAAACGAGACGAGCGAUCCAUUUCGAUCCGCACAUUCUCGACAGAUUUCAACCGACUGGACGACAUCCGCGUCGUGGACUUCCACGACGCUCGACUUCGUUCCUUCUGCGAGCGACGACUCGACGAAGAACGAAGGUACGUCGAUCGACUUUACCCCAGCGAACGACACAUCCCCAUCGACUGCUGAUCGUCUUGAACGCAGUGCGACCACAUCCACCAUAAUUGACACAAGCAGCUGUCAACCCGACAUCCCUCUGGAGUAUAUGGACGACGCUGUCAACACCGGAUAUGGCACCAAUUACUCAAUUGACAGUUAUCACCAGGACAGUACUGACGCCACGGCAACGACCCACAGCCUUGACGACACCCUAAAUCCUGUCCAAACACCCGUCAAUACACUCCCUGAUAACACUCAGAGUACCAGAAACUGCCAGGAUGAUACCCCGAGUCAGGAUAACAUGCUAAGUCAGGAUAACACCCUAAGUCAGGAUAACACCCAAAGUCAGGAUAAUAUCCAUAGUCAGGAUAAUAUCCAAAGUCAGGAUAACACCCAAAGUCAGGAUAAUACCCAAAGUCAGGAUAAUAUCCAAAGUCAGGAUAACACCCUAAGUCAGGAUAAUAUCCCAAGUGAGGAUAAUAUCCAAAGUCAGGAUAAUAUCCAAAGUCAGGAUAACACCCUAAGUCAGGAUAAUAUCCCAAGUCAGGAUAAUAUCCAAAGUCAGGAUAACACCCUAAGUCAGGAUAAUAUCCCAAGUCAGGAUAAUAUCCAAAGUCAGGAUAAUACCCAAAGUCAGGAUAAUAUCCAAAGUCAGGAUAACACCCUAAGUCAGGAUAAUACCCAAAGUCAGGAUAACACCCAAAGUCAGGAUAAUAUCCAAAGUCAGGAUAAUAUCCAAAGUCAGGAUAACACCCUAAGUCAGGAUAAUAUCCAAAGUCAGGAUAAUAUCCAAAGUCAAGAUAAUACCCAAAGUCAGGAUAAUAUCCAAAGUCAGGAUAAUACCCAAAGUCAGGAUAAUAUCCAAAGUCAGGAUAAUAUCCAAAGUCAAGAUAAUACCCAAAGUCAGGAUAAUAUCCAAAGUCAGGAUAACACCCUAAGUCAGGAUAAUAUCCAAAGUCAGGAUAAUAUCCAAAGUCAGGAUAAUAUCCAAAGUCAGGAUAACACCCAAAGUCAGGAUAACACCCAAAGUCAGGAUAACAUCCAAAGUGAGGAUAAUAUCCAAAGUCAGGAUAACACACCAAGUCAGGAUAACAUCCAAAGUGAGGAUAAUAUCCAAAGUCAGGAUAACACCCUAAGUCAGGAUAACACCUUAAGUCAGGAUACCACCCAAAGUCAGGAUAACACCCAAAGUCAGAAUAAUAUCCAAAGUCCGGAUAACACCCAAAGUCAGGAUAACAUCCAAAGUGAGGAUAAUAUCCAGAGUCAGGAUAACACCCAAAGUGAGGAUAAUAUCCAAAAUCAGGAUAACACCCAAAGUGAGGAUAUCCAAAGUCAGGAUAAUAUCCAAAGUCAGGAUAAUAUCCAAAGUCAGGAUAACCCCCUAAGUCAGGAUAACACCAUAAUUCAGGAUAAUAUCCAAAGUCAGAAUAACACCCAAAGUGAGGAUAAUAUCCAAACUCAGAAUAAUAUCCAAAGGCAGGAUAACACCCUAAGUCAGGACACCCAAAUUGAGGAUAAUAUCCAAAGUCAGGAUAACACCCAAAGUCUGUAUAGCAUCCAAAGUCAGGAUAACAUCCUAAAUCAGGAUAACACCCUAAGUCAGGACACACAAAGUGAGGAUAAUAUCCAAAGUCAGGAUAACACCAUAAAUCAGUAUAACACCCUAAGUCAGGAUAACACCCCAGAUCAUGAUAACACCCAAAGUCAAGAUAAUAUACAAAGUCAGGAUAUCACCCUUAGUCAGGAUAACACCCUAAGUCAGGAUAAAAUCCAAAGUCAAGAAAACAACCAAAGUCAAGAUAACACCCAAAGUCAAGAUAACACCCAAAGUCAAGAUAACACCCAAAGUUCCGACAUCACAGAAAUUUCCAUCACCCAGAGUGCUGAUGUCAUCAAAACUAGUGAUAUCACCUUAUGUCCCAACAACACCCAGAAUCCCAGCAACACCCACAGUCGCAGCGACACCCAGAAUCCCAGCGACACCCAGAAUCCCAGCGACACCCAGAAUCCCAGCGACACCCAGAAUCCCAGCAACACCCAGAAUCCCAGCGACACCCAGAAUCCCAGCGACACCCAGAAUCCCAGCGACACCCAGAAUCCCAGCAACACCCACACUGACAGCAUCUCUGCACCCGAAGAUCUCCCAUCGCCAGGCAAAAGCACAAUACCCACUGGUUCAGAACCAGAGACCCCUCAGGGCGCCAUCCCCAGGGGCGCCCUCGGAGCUGGUAAAGGUCAGGGUCCAUCGCCCCGUGGGAACAAGGUCAGGAAGACCUUCCGGGGCAGCCGCGGACAUCCCCCGUCAGGAGCUCCGAGAGGCCAGCGGACGAAGAGCUCCAGCGAAGACCCGGCCACUUCGAGUCGCUGGCCACAAGCACAUUCCUCUGGCGGAGACCGCGCCAACACGAGGGAGAGAACAGUAAGCGCCGGAGAAGAACUCUCCAACUGGAGGACGAGAACAACUAGUGAGAGCGAAGAACACUCAAAGAGGAGGAAGAAACCAACCAGAGCUGGUGAAGAACACUGGAAUAGGAGGAGAACAACGAGCGAUGGAGCUGAACACAUGAACUGGAGGGAUGUAGAAACAAACGGCGGUGAAGAACAGAGUGGCACCGGCACUCGUCAUCGUACUAUCAGCGUCCAAGAAGAACAGAUGAACACCAGGAAACAACACACGACCAGUUUCAACAGUGAACAAGGAAGAUAUAACAGAAAACACCACACGAGUGCCAGUGAAGAACACGAGAAUAAGGACAACACUAAACAGAAGAAUUCAAAGAACAAUAAAGAACACAUCGCCGCAGAAAAACAAGCAAAUAACAAGACAAAGAAAAAACUGACAGCUUCGAAAGGCAGCGAAGAACGGGUAGUUCCCACGAAGAACACAGAACAGACGUGUUCUUCAAGUAACGUCACACAAAGAAGUGAUGAACAGAUUACCUCCUCUAAGGCCAAACAACUUCAAACACCAUCUACCACAUGUGAACAAACUGCAACAUCUCUGAGCAGUGAAGAACAAACAACAGUCCAUUGCAGCGGAGAACAAAUAACAGAACAUUGCAGAGAACAGGGCGGCACUUAUGACAAAGUAGAACAAACGAAGCCUAAAAACACUGGAGAACAAGCAAAAAUCAAGCGAAACAAACAAACAAAGCACAAACAUGCAAGAAUUCCAGAUACCGAAGAACACGCGAAACCUAAUAACACUCAGGAACAAACAAUAAGCAAAACAAAUGAACAAGUAAAACCACACCGCGCUGAACAAACAAAAUUCACGAAUACUGAACAAUUAUCAAAGCCCAAACAGACUGGAAAACAAGCGAAAACUACGUCUGAAGAACAAACAAAGUCGAUGAACACUGAAGAACAAACGAAACACAAGACAAAAAUAACAAGCCAUAAGCAUACCGAAAAACAAAUAAACUACCAAAAAGCUGAAGAACAAACGAAACACAAACCAAAAGAAAAAGCAAAAACUAAGAACGCUGAAGAACAGACGAACUUCGCGUCUGCAGAACAAACAAAAUCCCCGAAUGCUAAAGAAGAAAUGAACUCCAAGACUGCAAAUCAAGCAAAACACAGAACUGAAGAACAACCAGAAUCCACGAAGACUGAAGAACAACCAGAAUCCACGAAGACUGGAGAACAACCAGAAUCCACGAAGACUGAAGAACAACCUGAAUCCACGAAGACUGAAGAACAACCUGAAUCCACGAAGACUGAAGAACAACCAGAAUCCACGAAGACUGAAGAACAGCCAGAAUCCACGAAGACUGAAGAACAACCUGAAUCCACGAAGACUGAAGAACAACCUGAAUCCACGAAGACUGAAGAACAACCUGAAUCCACGAAGACUGAAGAACAACCUGAAUCCACGAAGACUGAAGAACAAACUAGACUCAAUAUUGAUGAACAAGAAAAACUAAUGAGCGCUGAUAAACAAACGGAAAUUAAGAACAUUGAAGAACAAACAAAAGUUCGUAAUGAAGAAAGAAUACAAACUGAGGUAACUGAAGAACAAACCAAACUCAAGGAAGUAGAACAACUGAUAUCACAGGAUAGUGAUGAACAAAUGCUAUCUCAGAACUUCGAAAAACAUACGUCCAUCCAAAAAGAUGGAGAACAUGAAUGUUCUUACGAUUCUGAAGAACUCAAGAGUAAGGUGGAACAAAAUGCUAAAGAACAAGUAUGCUCUGAGGGUGCUGGAAAAUACAAGAGUAAGAAGGAACAUGAUGUUGAAGAACACAAACGUUCUCAGGGUGAAGAACACCCAAGUUCUCAGGAUGAUGAACACCUAAGUUCUCAGGAAGAACACCCAAGUUCUCAGGAUGAAGAACACCCAAGUUCUCAGGAUGAAGCACACCCAAGUUUUCAGGAUGAAGAACAUCCAAGUUCUCAGGAUGAAGAACAUCCAAGCCCUCAAGAUGAAGAACAAAGGGGUAUAAUUGAACAGAGUGUUGAAAAACACCCAAGUUCUCAUGGUGGAAUGCAACACAAAAACAGAGAAGAACAGAUCGUUGAAGAACACAAGAGCAGAGAAGAACAGGUCGUUGAAGAACACAAGAGCAGAGAAGAACAGGUCGUUGAAGAACACACAAGUUCAAAGGGUGAAACAGAACACAAGAACACAGAGGAAAAGAACGAUGAAGAACUACUAAGUUCUAAGAUCGAAGCAGAACACAAGAAUCAGGAGGAACAAAACGUAGAACACCAAAGUUCUAAGAGUGGUGCAGAACACAAGAGUAAAGAGGAACAGGACGUUAAAGAACACCCAUGUUCUCUGAGUGAAGAACACAAGAGUGCCGAAGAACACAGGGGUCAAGAAGAACCAUGUUCUCAAUCAGUCAGGCCGCGAGAGAAGCGGGUAACGUUCCGCCAAUCAGAGAGCGCGUCUCCGGAUGUAAACAAAAGCGCGGGAACUCCACAAGAAGACGCCGCAACCAGAGGCUCGUCGGACAGCAGCAGUGUGCCUUCGGGAGCCCUUGAAGGGGAAGUAGAUGGUACUGACGCACCUGAAGUGAAGCAAUGGAAGGUCCAGAACAAGAAACAGGAGGAAAAUGAGGAUGCUGAGCAGGAAAACUGUCAACGCAGAAAGCUCUUGCUGAAGGAAGAACCAGCAGCGUUCCUUCCUGACCUCCGACGUCCAAGUUUCAGGAUGGAGGAGGUGGACGAUCACCAGGAGCCAGAGAUUGGCAUGUGUGCCAACUGCGGCUUCUUGGCCAAACUGCGCUGCGCCAACUGCCGACAGGCUUUCUACUGCAAGCGAGAGUGCCAGAGGGAACACUGGAAGAACGGUCACAAGGACCAGUGCCAGCCUUUCCAGGUACUGGAGUCGGCCGCUCUAGGGAGGUACAUGGUGGCGUCACGUGACCUGAAGGCUGGUGACGUCAUACUGAAGGAGGAGCCUAUAGCAGUUGGACCUAAACAGAUCACCGAGCCUGUCUGCCUAGGCUGCUACAAGAGAGUAGACGGCUCUUACAGGUGUCAGAAGUGCAACUGGCCGUUGUGCGGAGCGGGGUGCGAGGCUUCGCCCGACCACCUGCCCGAGUGCGUGGUCGGCCAGGAGAUCGGCUCCCCCAUCGACAUUGCCGACUUCGACCAGCCCAACCAUUUCUACGAGGUCAUCUUCCCCUUGAGAUGUCUGGCUCUGAAGAAGAAGUCGCCGAAAAAAUAUGAGCAGCUGUUGUCGCUGGAGAGCCACUACGAGGACCGCAAGGGCACCCACCUCCACCAGGAGAACCAGAAGAGCAUCGUCAACUUCCUCAGAAACUACUUCUUCAUCCAGGAGUUCCCAAUUGAAGACAUAGAUAGCUCGGAGAAGUCCAUCCACACCAUCACGGGCAUCAUCGACGUCAACGCCUUGGAGAUCCGUCUGAAGGAGUCUGAGGUGCUGGGGCUGUACCCGACCUUCGCCAUGUUGGAGCACUCCUGCACGCCCAAUACCAAGCACGCCUUCGCCAAGGACCGCCAGGUGGUAGUCAAGGCGGCAGUGGACAUCAAGCGUGGGGAGCACAUCAGUACAAUGUACACCCACAUACUGUGGGGCACAGCAGCACGGAGAGACCAUCUUAAGCACAGCAAGUACUUCAUGUGCACCUGCUUCCGCUGCUCAGAUCCCACUGAGCUCGGAACACAUUUCUCUGCUCUACGGUGUAAACAGUGCACUAACGGGUUCAUCUUGUCAGCCGCGCCCCUAGACGAGCUGGCUACCUGGAUCUGCACCUCCUGUAACGCCACCGUGGCCGCUGAUGAAGUCACGGAAAUUAAUCUUAAACUUGGAGAAGAAAUUGAGGCAGCGUUAGCCAUGCCGGUUCUGGGAACGCUGGAAAAACUGGUGCAGCGACACGCUAAGACAACCGUCCACCCUAAUCACUUCCAUCUUUUCGCAGCUCGCCACACUGUCCUACAGAUGUACGGCCGCGACCCUUCCAGCGUGGGUCAGGAGUCCAUGAAGAAGAAGGAGAAGAUGUGCCAGGACUUCCUGAAGGUCUGCACAGCUCUGGAUCCAGGCAUGGCUAGACUGGCGCCUUACGCCGGUGUGGCGCUCUAUGAGUACCACCUAGCAGUCCUGGCCCGCGCGCGCCAGGAACCCGACGCCAAACACGUGGAUUCCGUAGCGCUCAAAAAGGAUGUGGAGACGGCCAAGGCUCUCCUGCAGCAGUGUAUCCGCGUGCUACAAGACGAGCCUAAGGACCAGCCGGAGGGUCAACUGUGCCAUGUUGCUCAACAGAACCUGGCGGAGUUGCGGCAGUGGGAGGCGACCCUAAACGCUCCAUAAGUGUCGCCAGUACAUGUCUGGUGCUCCAAUGAUAGGCUCGUUGCCUCUCUUCUGCAUGGGUCGCCCCCCCUCGAGUCCUCGACGCUGCCCAUUGCUACUGUGAGGUUGUCUACCGGGUAGCCCGUGGUGUCGGGAGUAACACGUGAUUGCUCAUCGGAAAGUUCAUCUUCGACACGAACAUUUGCUCCUUACGUACGUGGAGAUGAAGUGAAGGAUGCCAUGCCUAAUACAGCUUGGCACUAGAGUUCAAUGGAUACUGGGAACUCAUCGUAUCUUAAGCUAAUACCUGUAUGAUUUCCUCGUAGCUUACAGCUAGGCUAAGAUUGAAGUGUUAAAAUACAGAUUUUAAGUUUACUUCCACUGAACAAUAGAUUAGCUCACGAAACUGUGUACAGUUCACGUUGACUUGAGGUUGUUUUAGAUAUUAAGGGUUUCGGCGCCACGCCACAAGGAAGGUCUAGCCAGGAGGACCCGUGUUGGCCGCCACAAUUCAGCGGAGCCUCGCUACAUCGCCGCCACAAUUCAGCGGAGCCUCGCUACAUCGCCGCCACAAUUCAGCGGAGCCUAGCUACAUCGCCGCCACAAUUCAGCGGAGCCUCGCUACAUCGCCGCCACAAUUCAGCGGAGCCUAGCUACAUCGCCGCCACAAUUCAGCGGAGCCUAGCUACAUCGCCGCCACAAUUCAGCGGAGCCUAGCUACAUCGCCGCCACAAUUCAGCGGAGCCUAGCUACAUCGCCGCCAACAUUUGCUUUGUAUCCAAUUUUAGAUAGAAAAAAACAACAAAAAAAAGAUCGUUCUGCUUUAUGGAACCUGAAACACAAUUUAUGUGAUAAGUGUUAUUUACUAAAGACUUUUACAUGUUAAAUGGAAGUGUGGAUGUUAAUUUUUUGUCUAGUAUUAAGUCCUUACUUUCGUUCCUAAGAAUAACAGCGUUUGUUAAACUGGAAAUAUGAUCAAGUUUUAACUAUUGAUAAUAAGAGUAAAUCUCUAUUAAACAUA